AUGAGUUUAAAAAAAGGGCCCGGUAGUAGGCCUAUGGAGCUGGGGGAGUGCACCAGAAACCCCGGGUAUCAGGAUGUAGAAGGCGGUGGGUCAGCGGCGGAAACCAUCAACGCCGACCCCGGGGAGAAGCACGACUCCGCCGCGCCGAAGCUGGACCCAGACGCGGCUGAGGAGUACACGCAGAUCAAACCUUACGCCGGGAUGCCCAAGGAGGUGUUGCUGCAGUACUCCUCCCAGGCCCGGUACCGAGUGCCCCGAGAGAUCCUGUUCUGGCUGACUGUGGCUUGCACCCUGGUGCUGGUGGCGCUCACCAUCACGGUGAUCGCGCUGUCGCCGCGGUGCCUGCAGUGGUGGCAGGCCUCCCCGGUGUACCAGGUUUAUCCCCGGUCCUUUAAAGACUCCAACGGAGACGGGGUCGGAGACCUCAAAGGAAUUCAGGAGCAGCUGGAUCACUUCCUGUACCUGAAGGUCAAGUCAGUUUGGAUCAGUCCUUUCUACCUCUCUCCCAUGAAGGACUUCGGCUACGAUGUGGAAGAUUUCCGGGCCAUCGACCCGCUCUUUGGAACCAUGCGAGACUUUGAAGAGCUCCUGGCUGAAAUGCACAACAAAGGUUUGAAGCUGAUCAUGGAUUUCAUUCCCAAUCACACCAGUGACCGACACCGCUGGUUCAAUUUGAGCCGAACAAGAGAUCCUCACUACAAGGAUUACUACGUCUGGACCGACUGCAAUGCAACCGCACCGAGGCCUAAUAAUUGGGUGAGUGUGUUUGGGAACUCGUCGUGGACUUAUGAUGACGUUAGAGGACAAUGCUACCUGCACCAGUUCCUCAAGGAGCAACCAGACCUGAACUUCAGAAACCCAAAUGUCUACAAAGAGAUGACCGACAUUAUUCAUUUCUGGCUGGAGAAGGGAGUGGACGGGUUCCGGAUGGAUGCAGUGAAGCACAUGCUGGAGGCCACACACUUGAGGGAUGAACCACAGGUGGACCCGAGCAAACCAGCAGAAUCUGUAAAGACAGAGUUUGACCUCCACCAUGACUACACCUACACUCAGCUGGGUUUGCAUGACCUGCUGAGAGGCUGGAGGGCAGUGCUGGAUGUCUACAGCCGGGAGCCUGGAAAAUACAGGUUCAUGGUCAUGGAGUCCUAUGAUUACCAGGAGGUGGAAAAGACCAUGAUGUACUAUGGCACCCCACUGGUUAGAGAAAGCGACUUCCCCUUUAACUUUUACCUGCUGUACCUGCCUCAGAACACCAGUGGCUUGUGGGUUAAAGAUCUGGUCCAUUUGUGGAUGGCCAACAUGCCCAAGGGAAAAUGGCCCAACUGGGUGGUUGGGAACCAUGACAAGCCUCGAAUUGCCUCAAGUGCAGGUCAGACCUACAUACGUGUCAUCAACAUGCUGCUGCUGACCCUCCCAGGCACGCCCACCACCUACUAUGGCGAGGAGAUCGGCAUGGAGAACAUUAAUGUCACUGACAGUCAGAUACAGGAUCCUGCUGGCAAAUACAAUGCUAGUGCCAGUCGGGACCCUGGGCGGUCUCCAAUGCAGUGGAGUGGUGACAUGAAUGCAGGAUUUAACAUCAAAACAAACAGCACCUGGCUGCCUGUACACCCUGACUACACAAGUGUCAAUGUGGAGGUCCAAAAGAAAGAUGAAGGCUCUGUUCUGGCUCAGUACCGUUUCCUGAACACCCUGCGUCAGUCAGAGCUCCCCCUUCACCGUGGAUGGUUCUGCUACGUCCACGCUGACGCCAGUGUCUUCUCUUACCUCAGAGAGCUGGAUGGGCUUGACCGAGCUUUUCUCAUGGUGCUUAACUUUGGUAAAGAAUCUGCCACCACAGAUCUCUCCUCUAUUCGGGAGUUGCCAGACCAGUUGAAGGUGCUGAUGAGCACAAACCAAAUCAAUAACGGCAAGGUGUUGCAAAAGUCUCGUGUCCUGACGGAGGCAGGAGAGGGUUUGGUGAUUCGCUACUCCACCCACACUCGGUUUAACCCCAACCACCCCGAACAGUGCUACGUCUCUGAGAAGGCCUGCUAUUUGAGUGCCAUGGACAUACUUUAUAAAUGCUAA